UCCGAAUGGCGAUACCAAUGUUUGUAUUUGGAUGUUCAGGCUUGUUUGAUUAAUCUUUUUCCUGACUUCUACGCGAAGGUUUCAAGCACCGGAGAAGUUGAUCCAACCCAGCAGUUUCAAGAUGCAACGAUGCGGUCAGAUGAGAAACGUCGAAGCAAAGCACCCAUUGAACCUCUUUUAGAAAUUGAACCAAAAGAAGAAUCUCGGUAUCUGGUCGUUACUAGCAUAUGGGACGCAAGCAAAGCGGAAUUUGUUGAUAACUCCCACACAAUCAAGGAUGAAAAACCCACAGAAACCAAGGAAGAACCCAAUCGCGCGUUUACUUUCAGAAAAACAACCUUUAACUCGUCGCUAAGAAGGAUGCCCUACGGAUCUUAUACAAGUUCAGAAGUGAUAAUUCACUAUCCGGCAUUGCAAGUCCUACUUGGACGGCUGACAGCAAAGUGGGGUUGGGGUGACAAAGUGAACAAGUGCGUGUCACCAUACACUGCUCUUGUGUAUUCCUGGACAGAUGCAGAGAGCUUUGCAAACAAUCCCGAAGGAGGAGCUGAUCUUGAAGAACAACAAGCCCGUAAGGAUCUUCGAGAGCUCCUAAAGAUGAUAGCCACCUCCUCGGGGGAUUUGCAUCUAGGGAAGUAUUUCAAAGACAGACCUACACUUCUGGAAGACGAGGCAAUUACCCAUAGUGCACUUUGGACUCUGUUCCCGCCUGGCACGUUGGUAAUUGGGCGACCUUGCCAUGAAGAGACUCAGGUCUUCUUCGUAGAUUCCUGCUACGGGUUUGUGGAAGAAGAUGAGAAAUUUGUGGUCGUUUGCUACGCUUACGACUGGAAUGGGACUGUCUUCAAGAGAGUGCCGUAUAGCAUAGAAAUCCCUGGGUGGGGUGGUGAGCGGAAGAGUAUUGUCGAACUACCUGUGUAUCCACUGGUUUUCCACCGAGAGGGGGAGCUGGACUCAAUUGACUCAAUAUCACGAUUGAAGGACAGACUGAUCAAGAGAGGCAGACGUUUUGUUCGGCUAUGUACUGCCACUCGAGGGAAACAAAUGUUCAAGUAUUCCGAGGGUCCAGCUUACUUCGCGAGAAGCACAGAACCCAUGCAAAAGAGAUCAGAUAAUAGCGACUUAUCUUCUGAUCUUCAGAGCUCUACUUCUAUAUCCUCUGGCGAAUACGAGGGUCCGGGUGGUAGCUAUGGAUCAGGUUGGAAAAGAGUUUCAGGGGGCAUGAUCGUUGAUUUCUCGUCCUACCUAGCAUACCAGUCACCAGGAGAACCCAUUCUUGGAUCUUUGGCAGUUUAUAAAGGAGGCGUUGUCGAGCCCACCCCUGAAAGGUCCAAGCCUAUCUUUCGGAACAUGUACCGAUUUGACUGGGACAACCAAGAUUUGCACAAACGGAAUCGCCAUGUUGAUAACGAAAAACUGUUGUGCUGUCCACCAAGAGUCUUGGGGUACUCUUUGAAACUGAAAACUUGGGUUCAGCUACUUGUCAAGCAUGUGCAGGAGCCGGACAGUUUAAAUGCGGAGACAUUCAACUCGAAAUUGCAGCUUGAUCAGGAUGCGAAAGAUCUAAUCUUCAAUACUGUAACCGCGCAUGAACGGGGCAAGCAACAGAAGGAUGGCAAAUCAGUAGGUCUAGAUGACUUUGCCCCUGAAAAAGGGAGAGGAUUGGUCAUAAUGCUCUAUGGAGCGCCUGGAGUGGGCAAAACAUUAACCGCAGAAAGUGUCGCGGACAUGACCGGAAAGCCUCUUCUUUCUGUUGGCGUCUCAGACAUUGGUAUUGAUGGAGAUAAAGUUGAAAUGAACUUGCAGAAAGUCUUUGCGCUCGCUGGACUUUGGGAAGCUGUUUUACUCUUCGAUGAAGCAGAUGUGUUUCUCGAGGCGCGAGGAGAAGGCGAUAACGAUCUGCGACGCAAUGCUAUGGUGUCUGUCUUACUCAGAGUCCUCGAAUACUACGAAGGAAUUCUCAUUCUGACUACAAAUCGAAUGAGAUCUCUAGACAUUGCAGUUCAAAGUCGAAUUCAUCUGGCGGUAAAGUUUGUGGAUCUCCAACCGGAUCAAAAAGUGUCCAUUUACGAGUCUUUUUUUGAACAGUUGGCAAAUAAAGGAAAAGUGGAUGAUCUCGAGGCGCUGAGACGCUGGGCAACGAAGUAUGGUAAAAAGUUUGACUUCAAUGGUCGACAAAUUCGAAAUGUCAUCUCCACUGCAAUGAGUAUCGCGCUGGCGGAAGAGGUUAAGCUGAAGACAGAGCAUCUUUCAAUUGUUUCCCGGCAGACUGAUGACUUCAAACGAGAUCUUUCAGUCCAAGAGGGGAUCUACAAAGACAAGCAGAUUAGGUACUAG